GUUAAUUCUUCCGUCACUAAAUACUCAUCCCAGAAAAUUAGCUUGCCGUACCUAGGUAGGCAGCCCCAGAAUAUUGUUUUGUGCCCGCCCAUGACGUUUCAAUCUUUUUUGUCUGCUGAUUCACAGACAACUUCCCCAUCAUCCCUCAUCCAUGCCCACCUUGAUCACAGACGAAUCCCCGCCCCAGUUCCGUGUUGAACUGUCUGAAAUUUGAUAGCGCGACUGACUACCAAUAGGUAGAUACACGGUCGUUUGUUUACUUUACAACGCAUUACACAGCUUGCAUUCAAGUCCAAAUAGAGCUGCCUGCAACCUUCACCCAGAGGAGCCAUUCAACCUGGCCCUCUAUACAAAGCUCGACUAUCCCACCGCAACCCAGAAGCGGCAUCCUUCUCCCCGCUGCCAUCCCUGAUCUGACAGCAAACUCAGAUUCUUGUGUGCCAAAUUUAGUCGCAAAAACACCAUCAUGCCUCAGCCUUCCUGCAUCUUUGUCGUCCGACACGGUCAUCGACUCGAUGCCGCAGAUAAACAAUGGCACCUCACAUCUCCAACACCAUACGACCCUCCUCUCACAUAUACCGGAUGGACACAGUCAAGAAUCACCGGCGAGCAAAUCGCAGCCAUCCUGCGUAAGCGUGCCCAAGAGCACGAUGCCUCGGAACCGGAAAAGAAGACGCGCCGCAAAAAAUGCUUUCGAGUUGUCAUCCACACAUCGCCGUUCCUUCGUUGUAUACAGACUUCGAUAGCCAUCAGUUCAGGGUUGGCAUCGAGGCCGUCGUUGCUGGCCGAGGCUAGAAGGGCCUUGUCGCCGUUGCAACUAAGCCAGAUCGGCCAGGACGCGGGUGCCACAGGAAACAAGCCACAAAAGUCGAGACCUGUGGGCAAGAAGGCUAUCUUGCGUAUAGACGCCUGGCUCGGCGAGUGGUUAUCACCAACCUACUUUGAGCUCAUAACCCCACCACCUGGAUCUGUCAUGAUGCUGGCAAGCGCCAAGGCAACCCUGCUAAAGCCCGAGAACUACCACAGUUACCCGCACAUCCAGACUCGAGCACACUCAAAUUCUUUGGUCCAAAACACGAGCAGUGGCCAUCUCUGGGGUUCAGCUGGCGCACGGGUCGGCCCGAGUCCGUUGUCGGCGGCGCCAAUAAGUGCGGCUGGGAAUGGGUCCACUUCAGCGCCACUGGAGAACAUGGAUAACAUGGAGAAGGCCUUACCGCAGCUCGAAUCACGGCAGGGAGUCGAUUGGGUUCACAGUCAUCGGGGGACGAUUGAGACUCAGAGGCCUUCAACAGCGCCGCCGGCUGCUUCCGAUGCUGAGGUUGGAGCUUACGACCCACCCGUGCCCUCGUUCUCUAUAUCCAAGAAUGCGCCCAUCCCGGAGGGAUAUGUGAACCAUGCCAAAGACGCUUGCGUGGUUGUUGACUACCAGUGGGAUUCGAUGCGCCCCCCUUACGACUGGGGUGAUGGUGGCGAACUGCCCGAGGAAUGGUCCGAUAUGCACAAGCGUUUCAGCAAGGGGUUGCAGAAAUUGGUGGAUUGGUACACCGUUGAGGAGGAACCGGCAACAGCAGUGACCAGCGAAGCCAUCAGACCAAAUGCGGCAAAUGCAAGUGAGACGAGGGUUGAGGGCGGUAAUGAGGACGACAUUGAGACGGUGGUGAUUCUCGUCUCUCAUGGUGCCGGUUGCAAUGCCAUGAUCGGGGCCAUCGAGCACAAGCCUGCGUUGAUGGACGUGUCCUUGUCGUCGAUUUCGCUUGCAACCCUGAAGUCGAAGAGCAGCUCGCCAUCGAGUAAUCACGAGGGUGCUCGAAUGCACCACAGGUACGAUCUAAAGCUGAAAGCAAAUGUGGAACACCUGCGACCAUUGGCACCCGCGAACUCGUUACGCUCACCGCCGCCGGGAGGCAUGUUUGAUGGUAAUAGCAAUAGCAGGGCUCGUGCGAACCACCACUCCUUCUCUUCCGGAACUGCUAGCAACGGGAGUGACUGGAACUCAGGUAGUGGUGGCAUGAGCAGGAAGGUAUCUUCUGGUCGUUCCAUCGCAUCCUUCAGGGAAGGUUUGCAGAAAUCUGCGGGCCGCCAAGAUACAGUCUCGCCCUCCUUCACACCCUCAGGUCUCUCUCGCACGCCGUCACUUGGUUUGUGGUCUCCGAAACCUUCUCAGAAGGUAGACGACGAGUGCAUUGAUGACGAGGAAGCGGAGUUGAUUGAUCUGCGGAGAGCGGAUAUUGGAAACGGUGGUACCAUCCAUGGGAAAAACAAUGAGAAGAUUAGUAUGGCGGGCGAGGGCGAAGAUGAUGAAAAGGACGUGGUUCCACAGCUUCCAUCCACGGCGGAAAGGCCGGACGUGGUGCGCGACACUAGCGCCUCCAAGCGACGAUGGACCGUGACUGACCGUCCCUAGUGACACGGUACUCAUGGGAUUACUCGGGAAAGGCCGUGAUAGGCCUUCGGGGAUAUGUGAGCGGCAAUCUGUGGAUGAAACAGACUGUCACUGUUGGAAGAUGCUCAAGAUCAUGACUCUGAUGCCAUUGGAGAUGCCUAACCACAAGCUCAUGAUUGAAAGAUGACGAUGAUUUCAGCUCUGGGCUCCAGCUAUGUCUGACAUUUUUGUACGACUGCAUAUUUUCUUUUUCAGCUUGGCGACAAAGUAUGAUACCCCCAAUCAUCAAUGCAUCAAAUCUUUUUUCAGGUCAAACGAUGGGGAACACAGCGCAAAAAAAUCUGUUGAUGUCAGAUUAUCUUUCAUCAUGCCAGAGAAACCCUCUGUUCCACAGAGCAUGAGAAAUGCAGCUUCAUUUGGUCGUAAUAUAAGGAACUGAUAACUUCAAUGAGAAUCAAGUGACAAAAGGUC